UCUGCGCCACUUCCUCGAGGUUGCGUCACCAAGCGGGAGCUGUGCGCGCGGGUCGGAAGUCUCUUUCCGAGAGGAAAAAAAAAGAAAUAAAACAAUAAAGCAACACCAAAUAAACACUGUCAAAACUUUGCGAAUAUCGACCAUUACACUAAAUAUUGAACUGCGGAUUGAUAAAGCAGCGCUAGGACUGAUAAAUAAGCGCACAUAAGGCGGACUGAGGGGCGUUGGGGAAGAGUUAGCCGCUGCUGCUAACGCACGAUGCUAACUCACUGAUUUAUGACUGAUUUCAGCGAUAUUUCAACUAAAAACUGCGCAUUCCGGAGGAUUUGAAAGACAGGAGUGUGCGUGGUGUCAGUAGAAAGUGUGUUAGUGAGGUACAGGAGGGGAUUUGUCUUCUCGGCGGCCGUUUGUGUUGAGGCCUGCUGUAUGAGGAGUUAAUCAACUCCUUCACACGUGUAGAGGUAAACAGGUGAAGAUGUCGGCCCAGGCGCAGAUGAGAGCCAUGCUGGACCAGCUCAUGGGCACUAGCAGAGAUGGAGACACGAUGAGACAGCGGAUCAAGUUCACGGACGAGCGGGUGUGUAAGAGUCAUCUGCUGGAGUCGUGUCCACAUGACAUACUGUCUGGAACCCGCAUGGAUCUGGGGGAGUGUGUGAAGAUUCACGAUCUCGCUUUGAGAGCAGAUUACGAGAUCGCAUCUAAACAGCAGGAGUUUUUCUUUGAGCUGGAUGCCGCGGAGCACCUGCAGUCCUUCAUCGCAGACUGUGACCGAAGAACCGAACUGGCCAAGAAACGGCUGGCCGAAACGCAGGAAGAGAUCAGCGCUGAAGUGGCUGCUAAGGCGGAGCGUGUGCACGAGCUGAACGAGGAGAUCGGGAAGCUGCUGGCGCGUGCGGAGCAACUGGGCGGCGAGGGAAACGUGGAGGAGGCUCAGCAGGUCCUGGAGAAGAUGGAGAAAACACGCACCCUGAAGAAAGAGGCAGAGGACAUAUACCGCAACUCCAUGCCGGCCUCCAGCUUCCAGCAGCAGAAGCUGCGGGUGUGUGAGGUUUGCUCUGCUUACCUCGGUCUCCACGACAACGACCGCCGCCUCGCCGACCACUUUGGAGGGAAACUUCAUAUAGGUUUCAUCGAAAUCCGUGAAAAACUUGAAAAACUGAGGAAAGCUGUGACGGAGAAACAGGAACGCAUGCGCACGAGGAGAAGAGAAGAGCGCGACAGAGAAGAGGAGCGAGCCAGAGAGUGGGAGAUGGAGAAAGAGAGAGAGCGCGAGAGAGAAAGAGAGAGAGAGAGGGAGCGCGAGCGAGAGAGAGACAGAGAGAGGGAACGCAGGAGGUCCAGAUCCAGAAGUGGUGAGCGACAUCGGGAAGGAGGAAGCUCGUCCUCUCAUCGCUCUCGUCGGCACCGUGAGGAUGGAGAGAGGGAACGAGACAGGGAGAGGAAGCACAGACACAAAGAUCGCCAUCGCUCUCGCUCGCACUCACACAGGAGCAAAAGGAAGAGGUCUUCACACACCAGAGAUCAGGAGCAGCCUCUGUCUCAGGAGAGAUGUAGGGAGAACACCGCAGACGAGAGAUGGUGGGACAACGGACGCAGGGACAUGGAGAGAGAAAGAUCCCCCGUCUCCCCAGACAUGAGCCUAAUGAAAGAGCGGGAGAGAUCCGUGUCGCUGGAGAGAGAUCAGCGCUCCAGCUCCGAGGAGAGAGAGUCCGGAGAGAUCUAGAGGGAAAGAUUCAGAUACUUUACUGUAGCUACCGAUCCCUGCUCCGUCUCAUAGCCGGCAGUCGCCCACACUGAUCUGUCAAUAACUGGAUGAGCUUUCAGUCCGGUUACUCAUACAUCAGUAGAAGCUCAGCGGCUACAGAGAGGAAGCCAGUCACAGAGAGAGAGAGCGAGAGAGAGAGAGAGAGUGUGUGUGUGUGUGUGUGUGUGUGUGUGUGUGGGACCAGCAUCAUUAUUCGAGAUACAGAUGACGCCUCAGACAGCAAGAGUUACACACUUUGAUCUAGUUGAUCCAAACUAGUCAGCAAACCAAAAGAACAUUUGAACAGAAGUGUUGUAGAGG